AUACUGACAGCGUUGUGGUACUAAAAGCACAAGCUUCUGUAAUUCCGGGCAAUGGGGCACAUCGAGAGUUUGCUGAGAAGACUGUGAAGCAAAAAGAAGAAAGUUUUUCCUACACUUCCUCAUGUGUCCAACACAAAGUCUGCUGUUCAGUUUUCACAGACCUCCUAGAAGUUGAAGUUACAAAGGUAUAUAGAAGAUACACAAGAGCAAAAAAAAGAUUAUAAAAGCAAGCAAGAUUUUUGUUUGUGACAUCCUGUUUCUCUGAAGAGUAACAGUUGGAAUCAAGAGUCAACACAAUGAAUUGUUAUUUACUGCUGCCUUUUAUGUUGGGAAUUCCUCUCCUAUGGCCUUGUCUUGGAGCAACAGAAAACUCUCAAACAAAGAAAGUCCAGCAGCUAGCGGGAUCUCAUCUGAGAGUGAAGCGUGGCUGGGUGUGGAACCAAUUUUUUGUACCAGAGGAAAUGAAUACGACUAGUCAUCACGUCGGCCAGCUAAGAUCUGAUUUAGACAAUGGAAACAAUUCUUUCCAGUACAAGCUUUUGGGAGCUGGAGCUGGAAGUACUUUUAUCAUUGAUGAAAGAACAGGUGACAUAUAUGCCAUACAGAAGCUUGAUAGAGAGGAGCGAUCCCUCUACAUCUUAAGAGCCCAGGUAAUAGACAUCACUACUGGAAGGGCUGUGGAACCUGAGUCUGAGUUUGUCAUCAAAGUUUCGGAUAUCAAUGACAAUGAACCAAAAUUCCUAGAUGAACCUUAUGAGGCCAUUGUACCAGAGAUGUCUCCAGAAGGAACAUUAGUCAUCCAGGUGACAGCAAGUGAUGCUGAUGACCCUUCAAGUGGUAAUAAUGCUCGUCUCCUCUACAGCUUAUUACAAGGCCAGCCAUAUUUUUCUGUUGAACCAACAACAGGAGUCAUAAGAAUAUCUUCUAAAAUGGAUAGAGAAUUGCAAGAUGAGUAUUGGGUAAUCAUUCAAGCCAAGGACAUGAUCGGUCAGCCAGGAGCGUUGUCUGGAACGACGAGUGUAUUAAUUAAACUUUCAGAUGUUAAUGACAAUAAGCCUAUAUUUAAAGAAAGUUUAUACCGCCUGACGGUCUCUGAAUCUGCACCCACUGGGACUUCUAUAGGAACAAUCAUGGCAUAUGAUAAUGACAUAGGAGAGAAUGCAGAAAUGGAUUACAGCAUUGAAGAGGAUAAUUCACAGACAUUCGACAUUAUUACUAAUCACGAAACUCAAGAAGGAAUAGUUAUAUUAAAAAAGAAAGUGAAUUUUGAGCACCAGAACCACUAUGGUAUUAGAGCAAAAGUUAAAAACCAUCAUGUUGAUGAGCAGCUCAUGAAAUACCACACUGAAGCAUCCACCACUUUCAUUAAGAUCCAGGUGGAAGAUGUUGAUGAGCCUCCUCUUUUCCUCCUUCCGUAUUACGUAUUUGAAAUUUUUGAAGAAACCCCACAAGGGUCAUUUGUAGGCAUGGUGUCUGCCACAGACCCAGACAACAGGAAAUCUCCUAUCAGGUAUUCUAUUACUAGGAGCAAAGUGUUCAAUAUCGAUGAUAAUGGUACAAUCACUACAACUAACUCACUGGAUCGGGAAAUCAGUGCUUGGUACAACCUAAGUAUUACAGCCACAGAAAAAUACAAUAUAGAACAGAUCUCUUCAAUCCCAGUGUAUGUGCAAGUUCUUAAUAUCAAUGAUCAUGCUCCUGAGUUCUCUCAAUACUAUGAGACUUAUGUUUGUGAAAAUGCAGGCUCUGGUCAGGUAAUUCAGACUAUCAGUGCAGUGGAUAGAGAUGAAUCCCUAGAAGAGCACCAUUUUUACUUUAAUCUAUCUGUAGAAGACACUAACUAUUCAAGUUUUACAAUCAUAAACAAUCAAGAUAACACAGCUGUCAUUUUGACUAAUAGAACUGGUUUUAACCUUCAAGAAGAGCCCAUCUUCUACAUCUCCAUCUUAAUUGCCGACAAUGGAAUCCCGUCACUUACAAGUACAAACACCCUUACCAUCCAUGUCUGUGACUGCGAUGACAGUGGGAGCACACAGACCUGCCAGUACCAGCAGCUUAUGCUUUCCAUGGGAUUCAAGACAGAAACAGAAGUCAUCAUUGCUAUUCUCAUUUGCAUUACGGUAAUAUUUGGGUUUAUUUUUUUGACUUUGGGUUUAAAACAACGGAGAAAACAGAUUCUAUUUCCUGAGAAAAGUGAAGAUUUCAGAGAGAAUAUAUUCCGAUAUGAUGAUGAAGGGGGUGGAGAAGAAGAUACAGAGGCCUUUGACGUGGCAGCGCUGAGGAGUAGCACCAUAAUGCGGGAACGCAAGACUCGGAAAAGCACCAGCGCUGAGAUCAGGAGCCUGUACAGGCAGUCUUUGCAAGUUGGCCCCGACAGUGCCAUAUUCAGGAAGUUCAUCCUGGAAAAGCUCGAAGAAGCUGAUACUGAUCCGUGUGCCCCUCCUUUUGAUUCCCUCCAGACCUACGCUUUUGAGGGAACAGGGUCAUUAGCUGGAUCCCUGAGCUCCUUAGAAUCAGCUGUCUCUGAUCAGGAUGAAAGCUAUGAUUACCUUAACGAGUUGGGACCUCGCUUUAAAAGAUUAGCAUGCAUGUUUGGUUCUGCAGUGCAGUCAAAUAAUUAGGGCUUCUUACCAUCAACAUUUUUGAAAGUACUAAUGUAUAUUUGAACCAAAGGGUAGUCUUAAAGAGUUUUGUGCCCUGGCUCUAUGGCAGGGAAAGCCCUAGUCUAUAGAGUUUUCUGAUUUCCCUGGAGUAAAUACCCCAUGGUUAUUUUAAGCUACCUACAUGCUGUCAUUGAAAAGACAUGUGGGGAGAAACGUAAACAAUCAACUCACAGGCAUCAAUACAACCAGAUACGAAGUAAAAUAAUUUAGGAAGAUAUUACGAGUAGAUGAGAGGACAUAAGAUGUAGUCAAUCCUUGUGCAAUUAUGUCAUUAUUUACUUAGGAAAGAGUAAAAAUACCAAACAAGAGAAAAUUUAAAGGAGCCAAAAUUUGAAAGUCAAAUAGAAAUGUACAAAUCGAGAGAACAUUUACAUUUCUAUCAUAUUGACAUGAAAAUUGAAAGUGUAUAGUCAGAGAAAUUCUCAUGAAUUAUUCCAUGAAGUAUUGUUUCCUUUAUUUGAAAAAGAAUGCUAGGUAAUCUUGGUAGAAAACUAAAAGGUAUGAUAUACAACAGAUGGAGGAAUCCAUGAAAAAUAGACGAGAAAAAGUAAAUAAGGUUUUCUGGGGUUCACAGAGAUUUUGUAUGAAUAAAAGCCUUAUAAAGCCAGCUCUAGCAUAUGACUAAAAUAUUCCUCUACUAUUUUUCAAUGUCAUCUAAUGCAAAUGCUCAAAUUUUUUAGAUGGUUCAUGUGAGAAAGGCACUGAAUUAAGAUAUUUUAGUGUUAUUUUAUUUACCCAAUUUUCAUCUUUCACAGAGUAAGAAUAAAAUGUUUAUGUGGUUAAGUUCCUGAUCCUAUACAGAGAUAGACUUUAAAAUUUUAACACCUAGGAUAAUGUGGGUGAUUACAUAAAUGUUUAAAACAUUUACCUUAUAUGGAAAGCAGAUUUCUGAGUAAGAUACCAUGAUUCAUUCUAGUUUGAUAUUUUAAAACCUUUGCCAAGAGCACUCUUUAAAACUGAUUUCAAAUUUGAACAGAUACUUGGUAUAUAUUAAUCAGAGUUAUAUAGUAUAAAUUUGUAUUAUUUUUGAUAUUACAACCUUGUAUUAAAAAGGAAAAUAUAUUUAGGAGUUUGUCAUAUAUUUUUUCAUACGCAACCCAAAACACAUUCUUAUGUCAAAAUGCAAUAGCAAAAUAUAAGUCAAUAUUUACUCAUAAUUAAAUGAAAACUUUAUGAAACUGGUGGAAAGUGUGGAAAAUUUUAAGUAAAUUUUUAUCUCUACUAAAAAUUAUGUAGACAACUUAAAGAAAUACUGGAUUCAAACUUUAGUUACUAUUCACUCUAAAUAUUAUGAUCAACUGAACUGACUGUUAUCAUUCAUGGAAUAAAGCAUGAUACAAUUCUCAAUAUUUCCUUUUCUGUUAAGACCUUGGAAUAUGACUGAUGCUUCAGUGUCAUUUUUUUAUUACUGAAUAUAAAAUUAGGUGCAAUAGUUACAUUUAUUAUAGCCUUAAGAAGGAAAUCAAUGCUAAGCUGUUGGGCAUAAAGCUUUAUGGUAAACAUUAGAUAACAAGAUAAUAAAACACUUUAAUUUUAAUCUACCUUUUAAGAAUGAUCUUUAUUAUUCUAUCCAAAUCAAGGCAGAUUUCAAAAUUUAUAGCUUGAACAGGAAGAAAGUAGUGAAUACAAAAUUCUUAAAAUUGGUUCAUAUGAUCAUUUUUUAUUAAUAGCAUGUGAGGCUAAGCUGAACCAAAUUGGCCAUAAGUGUUAAAUCAAAUAAUUUGAGUAAUUUUGAACUAUUGGUGGAGUAGUUAAAUGGUUAUAAUAUAUUUUCUUGGUACUUUGAAAUUUAAACAUUUAAUGUCACAUAAUAAAGAAAGUUUUUCAUAAAUCUGAAAUAGGCACCAUUAAGUUGGUGAGAAAAAUAUUAUCAUUUCACAAAAGCUUGAGAAAACCAGAUUUGAAGUAAAAUAAUUUAGGAAGAUAUUACAAGUAUAUGAGAGGAUAUAAGAUUUAGUCAAUCCUUACGCAAUGAUACCAUUAUUUACUUAGGAAAGAGUGAAAAUACCAAACAAGAGAAAAUUUAAAGGAGCCAAAAUUUGAAAGUCAAAUAGAAAUGUACAAAUCGAGAGAACAUUUACAUUUCUAUCAUAUUGACAUGAAAAUUGAAAGUGUAUAGUCAGAAAUUUUCAUGAAUUAUUCCAUGAAGUAUUGUUUCCUUUAUUUAAAAAAGAAUGCUAGGUAAUCUUGGUAGAAAACUAAAAGGUAUGAUAAACAACAGAUGGAGGAAUCCAUGAAAAAUAGAUGAGAAAAAGUAAAUAAGGUUUUCUGGGGAUCACAGAAAUUUUGUAUGAAUAAAAGCCUUAUCAACAAUGAAUACAUUUGGAUAAACAACUCAUUAAAAUGCACAUUAAUGGAUUUCCUGUACAAAUGGUUUCAAUACUUGUGUCCAGUGGCACUAAAAAGAUAUAUUAAAAUAGAUCCUGGUUGAGUUGAUGAUAAGAUUAUCAUCAAUCAUAGGAUACACAGGAAAAGCACAAACAUGAUUGCACAUCUGUUUGGUAGUCUAAAAUAUGUUCCUUUUAACCACAUCAAAAGAUACUAUCUGAUUCUAAUAGGGAAGUUGCAACUUCCUAGAAAUUAUACUUUGUAUUAUUUUCAGUAAUUAUUUUAUGUUUUUGCAUCACAUGGGUGUUGCAAGAACACAGCUCAUAAGCUAAAGGCAUUAUAUUAAGAAUUUAUUUUUGUAAAUUUUAAUAAAGUCUAAAUUAAUGCAAAAUAUUUAUGAAAAUAGCACAGCUUCACAUUACUACCCACAGUACUUAAAUAUCUCCCUCAGUUGACUCACAGCUUUGUAUGUAAGCUUUAAAUUGUUAAUGGUAGAAAUAAGAAAAUUAAGACUAGUGAACUACUAGUUGUUCACUCAGUGCAUGUGCUUGAGCCUAACAGACCUUGUUUAGUUGCUUUCAAUUAAAGGAAUGUAUGAUAUUUGUUAAACUGCUUCAUCUUUCUAGACCUCACUUUGUAAUCUAUAAGAUGAGGUCCAAUCAACCUAUUUUGCAUGGUUGUUAUGAAGAAUUAAUAAUAAGAUAUGCAAAACCAGCAGCACCAAUAGUGCCUGACAAAAUAUAACUGCUCAAUAAAAAACAGUGAAUUAUUAUAAUAACAGCUGAUGUUAUUCUGUUGGAACACAUGGUCUGUUUCUUUUCCAACUCUGAGUGAUCUCAACAGCUUCACGGCACAUUGAAAAUAAAAAUCAACUUCCUCACCUUCCCCAUAGGCCAUGGACUUUCCCACCCCUACUUACUUCUGCAAUUUCUCCUCUUUCCUCUCUCCACCUCAGUUACUAAAGCAAUCUUCCUUCAAACACUUCUAGUUUCCAUUACCGCACUUCAUGCAGGUCGGUGAUCAGCUGCAACUUCCUGAGAAAGACCACUGCCACUUCCGGUGACCCUGGCUUUGUCUUGCUUUGUAUUAAAUUACUCAGCUACCUGGUAUUAGUGUUGUCUUUACUGCUUAUUAGAAUGUAACCCUGAAUGGGCAAGAAAUUGUCAGGCUUGUUCAUUUAUCAUUGUGUAAGAAAGUUUCCAGCACGUAGAAAGUGAACAAUAAAUAUUUCUGGAAUGAAUGUAGUAAUGAAUCCAAUCUAUUUAGUCACUUGUAGAAAUUCUUUUGGUUUCCAUUCACUAUUUUUAUAGAAUAUUAAUAUGGAAUUAAUGUAUUAUU